AUGCACCUCCAAAAAAACAAAUCAAAGAUACGCGAGGACGUGCUCUUCCUGCGUAAUGACUGGCUCCGCUACGAACUUACCAGAUUCGACUUCAUCAUCACUCGUGACCGAAAAAACAACAUCAAUACCUUUCAAGUCAUUGAGACGGAGGGCUCUGGAGAUUUACAUGAAUUUGAUCCUACGCAGAAUGGUCUCUAUCAUAUUCAUAUCAAGAUUGAUGCCAACAGAUUUGCUAGUAUUAAUUUUGAUGUGAAGCCUGAAGGUUUCAUAAGAACACUUUCGGGACGUGGACAAGCAAGAGAGGUAUAA